UCGGCAUUUUGUGUCCAGGUUCAAUCUCUUUCUCCACUGGUAUUACCCAAACUGCCAGUUUAGGAGUAAUACUUGCACCUGGAACACCUUUUUUUGUGGAGGUUUUCGAGAUGUCUUUCGAUGUUUGCUUCUUCCAAGCCGAAGAAAACCACAAUCGAUCUCAUGUUUCAUCAGGACUGUUCGCGCAAUCGCGUGCAGGACAUCGAUAGCCCACCCAUUUUCCGGAGAAGGUGUGGAUGUCUAGAUUUCGACCUGGUUAAGUGAGUUUUGCUGUAGUUGGAGCAAGGUGUGAUUGAAAUCCUCGCAGCUGGAUAGCCAUGCUGGCAAACCGGGCGGGAGUUAGUAAGAGUUGGGAAUGCGGAUCAGCUCAAGAAAGAAUUUUAGUUAGUUGCAAUGAAUGGGUCAGUCUUUCAUAGUUUGAGCUUGGAGGACUUUUAGAGGUCGAGUGGUCAGAGUGAAUCAUUUAGUAGCACGUUGGAAUUGACGGAGAUAGUGAAACAUUUGCGACAGUGAGUAGCAUUGGCAGGGCAAAAUGUGCAAGAAUUGGAGCUGUAUUCAAGUUUUGUCGAUUGUGCAAGUAUGUUGAAUUUCUGUAGAAAAUUACAAUCAUGGAGACCACAGACGGCAACUUUGAUCCACCGGCAAAUAGGAUUCCAUCUUAUGACUCCGUCUACCAUGAUACUUACUCUAACAACAAAGUGAAUGUUAAUCUCACCUCGGGAAUUGUCAUCGUCGUUCUGGUUGGGUUAUGCUUCACUCUGGAGUUCGUCUCCGCCACCAUUCGCAAAUGUUAUCGGGAUGACGUUAUGGAAGCUCCGACCACCGCACAAUUGGCCAGAAGCGUUAGGCCCAAGCCGCGGGGACUUAAUAAGGCGGAAGUUGACUCGCUACCUCUAGUCCACUGCAAGGAUUUGGACGUGAGAGACAAUCAGGAGUGUCCUAUCUGUUUAAUCUGCUUCGAACCCGAGAACACCUUGCGUGUGUUACCAACGUGUAAGCACAUUUUUCACCAAGCGUGCAUAGAUUUGUGGUUUGAGUUGCAUUCCACAUGUCCUUCGUGCCGCGCGAGUUUGCUGGACCACUUUGGAAUUGAGGUGAAAACGAACGGUGAGCAAGUCGUGGCCAGGGACCAAGUCGAGACAACUUCAGAGGUUUUGGAGACCGGGGACCGUAAUGUCGAAGUGCAUCGCAUGAUCAACAUGUUGGGUCUUGAAGAUUUGACUGCCACUGGAGUACUAGAAACGGAUGCCGUAGUUUCACUGGAAAAUGAGCGAGGCCGUGCGCACGGGACUCCUCUAUCUCGAAACCCUCCCUCGUUCGUGUGCACUGCGCUAGGUGUAAAGCCAAAUGAGAAGGGCGCAUCAUCAUCCACAGAACACUUCUCCAGAAGUUAUACUUUUCAAGCACAACCUUCAACACCUUUGCCGAGUAUCCACCGGUCGAACUCCUUGGGAAUAGAUAUGCUUUAUUUGAGAAACCUUCUGACGGAGGCUGACUGUACUUUGAACCAGCUGCAGUCUGACGAGUCAUCCACCUCAUGGCUCAGACGGGCCAGAAGCAUGGACUCAGGGGUAAAGUGUUUCAUCCUCCGGGAUGGACGUUCUGGAGAGGCCACCGGAAAUGAAAGAGUAGUAAUUGAUUUAGAAAGUGGAAUAACCUCAGCAGCUAUGCCAGGCUCAAAUGAGGGACAAUCUUCGUAAGGUCCAUCCUCUGUGAGCUCCGCCCUGGGGCGAGCAUAGUCGGACAGGAUUAUUUCAGGGCAACUUUCCUCACGCACCUCGCUCUUGCCAGUUUGAAACAUGAGGUUAGCUUAGUUGCAUGCUUAACUUUCAAGAGGCUUCGCCAAAGAGGAGGUUUGUAUACCACGUGUGAAGCAAAUUUGUAGAGAUGGCAGCAAGAUCAACACGAGCAACCAUGAGGAGAUCGUCGCUGUUUUCCAGUGAUCGGUUGCACACAGGCGGUAAAAGCUGAACUUACCGUGGCUUGCAUUGUACACAUUUCCGGAUGCCGCAUCCUUGAAGCAGAUACCAAAGAACUGGAGUACUCCACAUUGGGUGUGCUUCUGGGGGAUUGACUGUCCUGAGCUUAUAAAUACAAUGAUCAAUGCGAAUCGCCUUUGUUGCUUGA